ACGCCUUGUGUCUUUGGGUGUUUGAAAUUAUUAUGAAAUGGAAUGUGAAGCCGCAGUCGUAUUUGUUUGAAGGAAAUGUGUUUGAUGAAAUUCCUUCUUCAUUAGCUCUAUUAAUAGUGGAUUUGAAGGAUGAUAGACUUUAUCGUUCUCGUGUUCUGGACGUUUUAUUUGUGGGAGUGUAAAGACAAGACGUGACAAUUACUAUGUGUUCUGGCUUAGGAUGUUCAUGACUUUAGCUCUCUUUUGGAUGUCAUGUGUAGAAUGGCCAUCCACGGUAGAGUUGUGAUUUAUGUCUCUAUCUCUCUCUCAAUUUUGUUGUGAAGAGGAAACAGACAGUUCUUGUGCUACUCUGUUAGUCUAGUGAAAACUUGAUGGGCUCAAUGGAGGAGAAGUUUGAUGAGCAGCUACUGAUAUUGUAUGCUUCACAAACAGGAAAUGCAAUGGAUGCUGCUGAGCGGCUUGGGCGUGAAGCUGAGCGCCGUGGCUGCCCCUCUGUCUCUGUCCUCUCCAUUGAUGAAUUUCAACCUAUUGACUUGCCAAAUAAGGAGGCUGUGAUAUUUAUAGUGUCAACCACGGGCCAAGGUGACAACCCGGACUCCAUGAAGGGGUUUUGGAGGUUCUUAUUGCAAAAGAAUUUGACAAGAGAGUGGCUUAAAGGAGUUCAUUAUGCUGUGUUUGGAUUGGGUGAUUCGAGCUACCAAAAGUAUAAUUUUGUAGCAAAGAAGCUUGACAAGCGCCUAUCAGAUCUUGGUGCAACGGCAAUUAUUGAAAGGGGCCUGGGGGAUGAUCAGCACCCUUCAGGGCAUGAAGGGGCUCUAGAUCCCUGGAUGUCUGCCUUGUGGAAUAUGUUGUAUCAAAAGAAUCACAAACUACUUCCAAAUGGCCCAGAUUUCGUGACUCCAGAUGCGACUUUUUUAGAUCAACCAAAAAUACAAAUUAUAUAUCACGAUGUUGAAGAAGGAAUUCCACCACUUUCAAGUGCCAAAGAACUGAAGUAUCUUGAGACGCAAGUUGAGAGGGCUCGCUCAAUGACUCCUGGAAAGUUUUCUGGCAACGACAGGCCAGACUGCUUCCUGAAAAUGACCAAGAAUCGUCUACUAAGCAGACCAGACAGUGGGAAAGAUGUACGCCACUUUGAGUUCGAUGCUGUUUCAUCUUCAAUAGAUUAUGAAGUGGGUGGUGUUCUUGAGGUGCUUCCUGGCCAAAGUCCUGCUGCACUUGAUGCUUUUAUCAGGCGCUGUAGUUUGAACCCUGAAUCAUACAUCACUGUUCAGCCUAGAGAUGCAGAGAAUCAUGAUUUUCUGAAUCCGCCAUUAUCCCCUGUGAAAUUAAAAUCCUUUAUUGAGUUAACAAUGGAUGUUGCAUCAGCUUCCCCUCGGCGCUAUUUCUUUGAGGUCAUGAGUUAUUUUGCAACUGCUGAACAUGAAAAGGAAAGGCUUCAAUAUUUUGCCUCACCUGAAGGAAGAGAUGAUUUAUACCAAUACAACCAGAAGGAGAGGAGGACUGUCUUGGAGGUGCUAGAGGAUUUUCCCUCUGUGCAGAUGCCCUUCGAGUGGUUGGUACAACUGGUCCCUCCACUGAAAACAAGGGCCUAUUCCAUCUCUUCUUCUCAUUCAGCUCAUCCGAAUCAAGUACACUUAACUGUAAGUGUUGUGUCAUGGACAACUCCUUACAAGCGAAAGCGCACAGGUCUUUGCUCAGCAUGGCUUGCCAGUCUUGAUCCUCAGCAGAGAGUCUUUAUACCAGCAUGGUUUCGUAAAGGUUCUCUUCCUCCUCCACGGCCUUCACUUCCUCUUAUUCUCAUUGGACCCGGAACUGGGUGCGCACCUUUCCAUGGAUUUGUGGAGGAAAGGGCGCUCCAGAGCAAAACUGUCUCGACUGCCCCAAUCAUUUUCUUCUUCGGCUGUAGAAGCAAUAAUGACGACUUUCUGUACCGAGACUUUUGGUUAUCACAUUCACAGAAGAAUGGCGUACUUUCCGAAGACAAGGGUGGAGGAUUCUACGUUGCAUUUUCAAGGGACCAGCCGCAAAAGGUAUAUGUACAACACAAAAUGCGGGAGCAAAGUAUGAAGAUAUGGAGCUUGCUGACUCAGGGUGCUGCUGUUUAUGUUGCUGGAUCUGCGAAUAAAAUGCCCUCCGAUGUAUUCUCAGUUUUUGAGGAAAUCGUCUCGACAGAAAGUGGCGUAUCAAGAGAAGCUGCUUUAAGGUGGAUUCGGACACUGGAAAAGGCUGGCAAGUAUCAUGUUGAGGCCUGGUCCUGAGUUUAGUUCUUUACAAUACGCCUUGCAAUUCGUUUGAUUUUUAAACUCUUACUAGCGGAUUUUAGCUGCCGCCUGUUGUAUAAUGGGUUGAAAGAGAAUAGAGAAGAGA